AUGGCAGGAUCUGAAGCUACCAAAUAUGCUUCUGCUGCUACAACCACCACUGCAACAAACAACAUAACCAAAUCAAACAAGUCCACAAUCAAGAGAUUCAUCGGGGUGAGGCAGAGGCCAUCAGGAAGGUGGGUAGCCGAGAUCAAAGACUCCUCCCAACACGUCCGCCUCUGGCUCGGAACCUACGAUACACCAGAGGAAGCAGCAAGGGCGUACGACGAAGCGGCUCGCGCCCUGCGAGGGGAAAAUGCGCGAACCAACUUCGUGUCGUCCGUGAACCAAUUACCCACAGGGUCCUCGGGACAAACACCUGGUGGGCAUGAUUCUGAAGGAAUCAGAAAUGGACUCAGCUUCGCUUCGUUGAAAGCGAAGCUGAGCAAGAAUCUUCAGAGCAUCAUGGCCAGAGCUAGUGAUCACAACAACAAGUGCUCAUCAAAGAGCAGGGUGAGUGAUCACUUCACCUUUGCUAGCAUAUUCAACAGGAACAGAAGCUACCAGUUCCAAACCCCUGCAGGGGACAUGAAACACAUAGAGAAAUCAGUGCAGCCUAGCAUUAUUGUUCCCUCUGUAGAGGAUCAUCAUCCUCACCACCACUCCUCUAGUGUUUCUGAGUGCAGCUCUGAAUGGGUCGGCUUCGGGCAACCCGGGUUGGACUCAGACGGGUCAGAUAUUGGUACUGUGGUUGGUGAUCAAGGGUUCUUGGAGCAACUCAUGGGUUGGGUUGAAAGCCCUGAAUAUGAUGAUGCUUGUGUGAGUGAAGGUUCAAGGAGCAAGAGGUUUAAGGUCUCUUCUUCUGUGCAUGUGCCACCAACUUUCAGUGACUGUAGCUCCCCUUAUAGUGGUUACGCCUCGCCGUAUAGCGGUUACGCCUCGCCGUAUAACGGUUGUGCCUCGCCGUGUAACGGUUAUGGUUCUCCAUAUUAUGGUGGGAAGUGA